AUGUGUUUGAUGUAUGUUUUUGGAGCACUGGUCAUCACAGCGACAGCCUUUAGCCAAGACAUGACAACUUUAACGACAAAAAACAAUUCUGUUCAAGACCUGUUUGUAGCAGUGGGUUCAUUUGUUCAGAUACCAUGCAUUGACGGAGAGCAAAAGGGGGUGGAGUGGAAAUUUAACAACUCUGUGCUUUUCUCGAGCCCUGUUCUUUCCCUAAAGAACAUCAGCCUGCAGGACCAAGGCAUCUACACCUGCCACCAACCAAAUGGGAACCCGAUACAAAGAGUCUUUCUACACCUGGGCUAUUCUCCUCCUUCUCCAGAUGUGCAUUGUUGGUCUCCAAGUUACCCUAAAAGGGCAGUAUGCUCCUGGACGCUGAAUCCGAAUCCUAUACUUCCAACACAUUACAUUGCUACAUAUAGGAGCUAUUCAGACCCACUUUCCAGUGCCCAUCAAUGCCAAACAUGGGGAAAGGAAGAGAGGCAAUGUGUGCUACAAGAACUGAAGAUAUUUGAAAGCGAACCAACUCUUUUCAACAUCACAGCUAUUAAUGCUUUGGGAAGCGCAACACGAAUAUGGCCAUUUAUUUUUGAGGAAAUAGUGAAACCAGAUCCUCCAGUAAAUGUGACAUUGACGGUAAUGCCAGGGAAGAAGCUUUCUGUGCAAUGGGGUCCACCACCCAGCUGGCCGGAUCCUGUCAACUUUCCUCUUAAAUACACAGUGAAAUUCCACUGGGGCAAACCUGACACAGCCAGAACUCUGGGCCCUUAUGAGUCUCAUAACAUGGUUCUCCGUGGACUAGUGGCUGGAAGAACCUAUCACAUCCAAAUAUCUGCAAAGGACUUUCUGGACAAUGGACAGAGCAGUGACUGGAGUUCACCUAUAAGUGCCACUAUACCUAGUAAUUGAUAUGCACAACGUUAGCUUUAUGUCAAAUACUGAAUAGACGUAUUCAAGCUUGAACAUCCAGAUUAUCAUCAUAAACAAUUAACCAAGCGUAGCUUCAUCCUACAUACUAUCACAAGCGUGUAAACAUUUAGAAAAUCUCAUUGCUGUUUUAAUUUGUUUGCGAAAAAUAAAAUGCAGCGUAAGAAAAUGUGUUCAUAUCCGUUCCGUUGAAAACAAGACUCAACAGAUGUUUUAUGGUCAUUUAAAACAAGAUGUUCAAAGUAAUCAAGAAUUUUUAUUAAAGUAUUUUUGUGAAUUUGCUAUUUUAUUACAAAUGAUACCAGAAACAGAGAAACACUGGAUGUGAAUAAAAAACAAAUAAAGAAAAAUCUGUAUGAUCAAAUGAAUAAUCAGAGUAGGCCUAAGUCUUUUAUGUUGUCUGAUAUGAAGUAUAAGGAACGUUAUAAAAAUUGACCACAAAAUAGGCUACAUCCCUUUCACAAAAUAAUUUCUUUGAUAAUGAAGACUGUGACUUUUAAACCUUUUAUUUAAAGGAGUCAUAUGACAUAUAUUAUCGUUUGUAUUAGAUGUAAAGCAAUGUGUACACACGAUUUAAGGUUUAAAAACGCUGUAUUUUCCACAUACCGUGCAUGUUUGUAUCUCCUCUUUGCCCCGCCUCUCUGAAACACGCAGAUUUUUUACAAAGCUCAUCGCUCUGAA